CCCGGAGUCGUCGGAGUAUUUGGUAUUGUGUUCCGUGGAAGGAUUUCCUAACUUGGCGGAUUAUUCAAUACACAUCUUUUUUGACGCAGCGACCUUGUGAUGGUGAUUUAUAAUUAGUGCUGUGGUUUUCGGGAUUACGUUUGUCAGUGGCUGGAUUACAAAAGCAGUGGCACAAUUAGACAGUGUCUGGAUUAGACAGUGGAUAAAACAGUGGAUUACAAUAGCAGUGGCAGGAUAAAAGUGUCUGGAUAAAAGUGUUUCUGGAUAGACAAGUGUCUGAGUUGGUGUUUGGAAAGACAUUGUCUGAAUAGGAGAGUUUCUGGAUUAUAGAGAGUCUGGUUUAGAGAGUGUCUGGAUGCACAGAUGUAGCAAGAUAGCGGCCGUACUCUGAUUUCUACCUACAGCGUUCAGAUUGAUGAUGAAGGAAUGACAGCAGGGUGGAGGUGUGACUGAGGACCGGAAUGGCCGACCCUCUUUCUCCGAAGUCACCACGCAAAGGCAAGCACGUGAACAUCCGCAUCCAGUUCCUUGAUGACACCGUGCAUGCCUUUCCAAUACCGGUAAAGGCAGUGGGUGAGACACUGUGGGCUUGUGUGUGUCAACAUCUACAGCUGUUGGAGGCUGACUACUUUGACCUGCAGUAUUACAGUGAACACAAGCUACAGUCAUGGCUUGACCGAGAUAAACCCAUAUUGAAGCAGCUGCCCUCCCCGGACACACCACUGAAGUUCUGUGUGAAGUUCUACACCCCGGACCCCGGCCUGCUGGAAGAUGAACUCACACGAUACUUCUUUGCCCUGCAGAUAAAGCAAGAUCUGUUACUGGGAGUUAUGCCAUGCAGCGAGAACACUGCAGCUCUCCUUGCGUCAUACAUUGCUCAAGCUGAAAUUGGUGAUUGUCUAGAUGAGUACCAGGACCACACGUACCUGUCUUCCAUCAAGUUCGUCCCGCACCAGACCCCCGACCUGGAACAGAAAAUCAUGGAAUACCACAAACAACAUAUAGGAGAGAGCCCCUCAGAAGCUGAUCUCAAUUUGUUAGACACGGCAAGGAAGAUGGAACUCUAUGGAAUUAGAAUGAAUCAAGCAAAGGAUCAUGAAGGAGUUCCUCUGAACCUGGCUGUGGCCCACAUGGGAGUUCUAGUCUUUCAGAACAGUACCAAAAUUAACACCUUCUCCUGGGCCAAAAUUAGGAAACUUAGUUUUAAGAGGAAGAAAUUCUUGAUAAAACUCCACCCUGAAAGCUAUGUAAGUAAGGGCUAUUACAAAGACACAGUGGAGUUUUUCUUUGACUCUAGAAAUGAAUGCAAAAGUUUUUGGAAAAAAUGCAUCGAACACCACGCCUUCUUCCGAUGUCAAGUGGUGAAGAAGCUGCCCAGGAAGAAGGCUCGAGUUGUCAGUCGAGGUUCUUCGUUCAGGUACAGUGGUAGAACACAGAAAGAAUUGAUGGAGUACGUCCGAGGGAACAUAGACACAUUAAAGAAGCUACAGUUUGAGAGAUCGGCUAGCGGCCGAAUCUCGAGUCGCAGCACGAGCGUGACUCCGAAGAUCGCAAUGAAGUCGACGAGCAUCCACAACUCAUCGGACCUGCACAACAGCACAGCGUCGAGUGGGUCGCACAUCCUGGACACGCCCCACGACAACCACAUCAGCCCGACCCGUGUGGAGACGGCCGAGAUCCACAGCGACAGCUCCAUGUCGGGCAGCCGCUCCCUCGGGUCGCCCAGGAUGGAGCACAGCCACAGUCUGGAGGGAACCCCGGCUCUGGAGCGGGCCCUGCGGAAGACCGACUCGGUGGACUCUUCAAAGACGGAAGCAUUAGAACAAAGAGGUGGGCUGAAAAAACAAGACCGCAAGUUAUCGGCCCCGAUUCUUGGAGCGAAGACUGCAUCUGAGAAUACCGAGGACGAACAUCGACUGUCACGCUGUCCGGAAGUGGAGAAUAUUCCUGAGGUGGUGCAGGAGGAUUUGAACAGCAUUAGAAAUGAUAUUCCACCCAAUAGACACAGUCUACUAAGGAGUGCCAGCGAAACAGUGGAACAUCACAGAUCCAUGCAAAAUGAGCACGAGAAGUUGUCUGAUGUGCCGCCUACUCCACCUCCCCCUCUGCCUCCCCCACCAGUGUAUGACGAGACUCUGAUGAUGUCCACCCCGCCCCCAAAGUAUACGCCCUACACCUCAUCAUCCGCCAUAAGUGUCUCCAGUUUCGGUGUCCCUAGCAACAUGAGUUCCAUUUCCACGCCAAGAACUGAUGAAAACAUGGAUGAUGAGUCCAAGAAGAAGGUCAAGCGUCAUCUGUUUGAUAAUGCGUACUACAUGGCCAAAGAGUUGCUAAUGACCGAACGCACGUACAGGAAGGAUUUGGAGGUGGUUUGUGUUUGGUUCCGCAAUGCUCUCAGUGGAGAUGCUACAAUAAUCAACUCGAUGACCGACCUUCUCUUCUUGUAUCUCGACCCAAUGCACGAAUUCCACAUCGGCUUUCUCAAAGAAAUCGACAACAGGAUAUCUCAAUGGGAAGGCAAGUCCAACUCUCAUCUCCAUGGCGACAGUCACAAGAUUGGUGAUCUUAUUCUCAAAGCCACAACGAUCAUGGAAAAGCUUUAUCAGAAUUAUUUGAAUAGACAGGAGGAGAUUAUCCUGGAGGUGGAGCUAAAGUUGAAAAGAUCUAAAAAGUUUGAGGAAUUGUACAAAGACUUUGAGUCACAGAAAGUGUGCUAUCUUCCUGUAAAUAACUUUUUCCUCAAACCCGGUCAUAGGUUGUUGCAUUAUAAGUUGAUAUUAGAAAGGUUAAUAAAACAUUACGACCAGGGUCAUACAGACGUAGAUGAUUGUAGAGAAGCAUUAGCUAAAGUUACAGAAAUCACAACUGCCUUUGGUGAAAAAUUGAAGAAAAUGGAAAAUCUUCAGAAGUUGAUCGAGUUGCAGAGAGAUUUAGUUGGAAUUGACAACCUGGUCAACAUAGACAGAGAUUUCAUACGCGAAGGUUGCCUGCAGAAGUUUUCUAGGAAGGGUUACCAGCAACGUAUGUUCUUUCUGUUUUCCGACAUGUUGGUAUACACUAGUCGCACAGCUACCUCCUUGUUACAGUUUAAGGUUCACGGCCAGCUCCCUCUUAGAGAUAUGAUGGUGGAGGAGUCCGAUCAAGGCAAAGUAGCUGUUCAGAACUGUUUUGCUAUCUACUCGGGUAACAAGUACAUUCUUGUAGCUGCCAGCACACAGGAGGAGAAGGACAAGUGGAUAGAAGACCUCAAUGAAGCCAUUGUACAGGCCAAGUCGAGGACGGACGACAAACUCAGCUAUCCUAGUCUAAAAUCUAGUGCUAGUUCUUCAGAGAAUGUUGACGGCACUGACAACUACAACGAAGAGGACGUCUCGACGUCGCCGACACCGGAGAAGAACAUUCAGCACCGCGCCAACACAACGAUGCACGUGUGCUGGCACCGCAACACCAGCGUCAGUCAGCGAGACCACCAGAAGGCUGUCAAGAAUCAGCUGAGUGGCUAUCUACUUAGGAAGUUCAAGAACAGCAAUGGGUGGCAGAAGUUGUGGGUGGUGUUCACAAACUUCUGUCUCUUCUUCUAUAAAACAUACCAGGAUGACUUUCCAUUAGCUAGCCUCCCAUUGCUAGGAUACGCUGUCAACACUCCCAAUGAGAACGAUGGAAUACACAAAGAGCAUGUGUUUAAGUUGCAGUUUAAGAAUCAUGUGUAUUUCUUCAGAGCGGAGAGUGAAUACACAUUUUCCAGGUGGAUGGAGGUGAUAAAUAGUGCUACAAACAGUUCAAGAAGAAUUCGCUUGUUCAGCAGACUGGAAAGUCGCAUGGAGGUGGAAACCCCUUAAAGGGAGAUAAUAAAGUGCCAUAUGAUUUAAAAAAAAAAAAAUUGCUUUAUUCUUGACAAUUUUUCGUGUGUGUUUACUGGAACUGAUUCUUGGAAGGAAGUUGUGAUUCUUUAUUUAUGUUAACAGGAAAUAGUUCUGCUAAAUCUUUAAGAAGAGCGAAGAUUGCUUUCAGAUGUCUGUAUGCUAUUCUGUUAAAGGGAGAGAACUCAUCACAUCAUUUCUUGGAAAAUGUCUGUGGAUUCAAUCUCUUAGCAGCUGUUACAUGAUUUUAAUUAUCAUCUGGGCCUCCCGGAUAUAUCAUUAUUAUUAUUAUUAUUAUUAUCAGCCUGUCAGACAUGUAUAAUGAUUGUGGGUGUUUUAGAAACAUAAUAUCGACAUAACUUGUUCAGAUUAAUAAAAGUUGUGUGCUUCCAUACAUGUAUGUGAGAACAUUACACUGAUGUUUCAACAUCACCUUUAUCAUAAAAUAAUGAUUAAUCUUGUUGAAUAUAUAGUACACAUGGGUUACAUUUUAGAGAAAAAAAAAUACACAGCAGUGAUGAUUAAAACAUAAUUAUUAUAAUAAAUAAUAAUUUUACAAACUGUAGAAUGACAAAAAUUCAUCAGAUUUGCAGCAUUCAUAAUAGAUAUGUUAUGGAAGAAGUAUAAGUGACCUCAUUAUUUACGGUUCAUAAAACUUUCUGUUUGAGAGAAAUAAUGUUCUGUGUUGAACAGAGAAUAGAGAAAUAUUUACCCUUAGAGAAAACAUUUAAAAAAACCCAACUUGAUAUUACUACGUUUUAUAUUGAGCAACAUUAAAAAAUAUAUAUGUAGUUUGUGAGCAUCCUUUUCCCCCCAGAAAUGUGGACAUGAGAGGCUAAUUGUUGUUUUUGUUUGGGGGGGGGGGGGGGGGGGGGGGGUUUUAAAAGUGGAAUAUUCAAGGCAAGAAUUUAAACAGGAAGGCUUUUUACAGUAUUUUAUGUUGGUAAAUGGUUUUAUGAUGUGAUAUUUGAGGGGUAAUGUGUUGGUCAUAGCAGUGGAUUGCAUCUUCAAAAUACAUCGUAAAAGGAACAAUCUUGGGUGGGGCCUUUUUAGGGUGGGUGGGCAAGGAUGCUCGCUAAGAAAAAUUUAUUUGUUUUUGAUAUAGUCUUAUGAUUAGAUUCUUUUAAUCACUACUAUUUUAAUUAACUAACAUUGAGUGUUAGUGAAAUUUUGUACAAAUUUACAUGAAGUAAAAAAAAAUUUUUUUUGUAAAAUAAGCUUUUAUUACUAUUCACAAAUAUUUUAAACCAUAUUUUGCAGUCAAUAUUUCAAAGCAUAUUUUGUAAUGUCUAGAUGGCAAAAACGUUGAGAAAUUCAUAGCUGUAUAUUAUGUAAUGUGUUUUAUAGUUUUGAUACUCUGGUGAAAUCUUGUAAAAAUUGGAAAUGUAGUAUAGUUGCACUGUUACCAACCAUUUUGCAACUGGUGCCUGUUUAAAAUGACUUGAUGCCCUUUUAUAAUUGACAUUGGUUUCAAAAUUGCAUUGCUGUUUUGAAACCACUUAAUAUAUAUAGAAAUAUUAUUCAGUAAUGAGUUAAUGAUAAAAACUUUGUAUAUGUUUUACGUUAACUUUUGUUAUAAGCAAUCACAAGUAAGAAAUGGAUGUAAGUGUAUAUGAAUUAUUGUAAAGUUACAGAGGUGCUUGAUUUAUGGAUAAUAAAAAUCAACAACAAUUUGUUUUCUAAAUUCUAAAAAUGUCACUAAAAUGCAUAUGUAAGCCAUCGAGUAACCAAAUUCUUUCAACAAAUGCUCAUUUUUCAGUUUACUGUUACCAUUUUAUUAAAAUAAUAACAGCAUGUAAUUGCCGAUAUACAGACAUUAGCUGGAAUAAAUUUGAAUACGUUUAUAAUAUUUACAUAAUAAUUUUGCAUUGUCAUCUGAAGCAAAACUGUUUUCUAAAGAACUAGUUUCAAAUGAUUCAAUAUACAGAAUUAUAUAAUGAAAUAGUAGUUAAACGUUUUUCUCAUAAAAUCCAAUGAUUUUAUAUACAUGUAUUAAAAGAAAGUAUUUUACAAGAUUAAUUCUUGUAAAUAUAUACAUGUGUCAUUUGGAAUUUAAAAGAUAAAAUCAAGUUGGCCAGAAUGUUAGUUACAAGAAAAACAAUUUUGAUUUACGUAUUUUGUGAAAAUUAAGAAAGUGAUUAUCUUUAUAACUGGAUGAUGUAAAUUGUAAAUGAUGUUUGUUAAAUAGCUGGCGAUGUUCGUUGCUUAUGGUGCUUUGUAUUAUAUUGUACAUUUAUGCAAAGAAAUAAAUUGUUCAUAUAUAUCUACAGCAA